AUGGCUUUUCAAAAUGCUCAAGAUAUCAAGAAUGCCGCAAUACAAGAACGUCGACAUAGCUGGCCACAUCAGCCAAGGAUGAUGUAUCCUAACUUUAGCUCAAAAAAUAGCUCAAGGUUUAAUUCACUAUCGUAUCUACGACGAUUAUUUCGCCGGAUAUCUCGAGUUAUUGCCGAUACUCUAAUGCAACCUAAUCUUCUUUGUAUGACCGUCAAUGCAAUUCCGUGGAUGAUACAAUCACUCUAUCGAUGGAUCAAGAAAUGCAUCAUCUUCUUAUCUUUAUAUCUAUGGGAUUGUGUAUGCUUAAACUAUAUCAGGGCUUCAGAACGUGCUGAUUUAGAUGGAACUUCGGCGAUGGAUGAUUCAUUAGCGAAUAGAUUAAAAAAUGUCCAUUUUCAAAAUUACCAAAUCCGCUUAGAUUAUGAUCUAUACGGCAAUAUUGUACGAAUGCCAUGGAGUUAUAUUUUCAGCCUCUUUGCUAUGAUCUAUUUAGUUACUAGUAUCAUCUUUACCUUUGCUUAUGUUUGUGCCGAUUUAAUUGAUUUUGAACUUGGUUAUUCAUGCUGGCAUUGGUUAGUUUUUAGCCUAUCGACCACUACAUGCUUAGGUUCCGAUAGUCUGGAUCCUGAUCAAGCUCAUCUUUUAUUAGUUUUGUUAGCUAAUUUACAAGCUUUCAUAUCUCAGUUAUUACUAGCAUCGGUGACUGGUAUAGUCUUUGCUCGUUUCUCACGACGACGAAGACAAAUUCAAUUUGCCGAUAAAUUAAUCAUCAAUCGUAUUAAUGGUGUUUCCUACUUGCAAGGAAGAUUCACACCCAUUCGACCAAGAUAUGGCGUAUUUAAUUGCAUUAUUCAGUUGUACUUAACUCGAUCCUAUCAUACUGAGGAAGGAGAGAACGGCUUUAGUGUUCAUGCAUUACCGCUUGCUUGUGAUACAUUCCCAAUUGUGGCUAUGGCGGUUAAAUUUUCUCAUCAAUUAGAUGAUUCAAGUCUUCUUAGGCAAACCUUGACGAAUUCAUCGAAAGAUUUUGGUCUAAUCGUUUGUGUCAUGGGUGCUGAUGCUUGUAAUAUGAAUCCAGUGUUUGAUCUUAUUCGAUAUCGUCGAGAACAUAUCGUCAAAAAUGCUCGCUUUGCCAAUAUGGUAGAAAAUAUCUAUUCCAAAGACAACAAAAAAGAUGUUUAUAUCUUUUGUGAUAAAUUAAGUCAAGUCAUACUGUUGAAAGAUUAUGAAACGGAAGAGAGUUCUGAAGGCAAAGAAAUAUGA